AUGUCUGAAAGUUCUUCUGAAAAUAACUCUUCCCCAUCUCAUCCAAAAAGAAAAAGAAAAGCAAUAUCUAGAAAUAAAGUAAGACGAAAAUUUUCAAGUAUUUGGAACUAUUUUAUUGCUGGUAAAAUAGUUGGAGGUGGACAUUAUGAAGCUAUUUGUAAAUUUUGUAAUAAAAAUUGGAAACACGGUAUACCUAAAAAAAUGGUUGCACAUAUAUGUAAUGAAUGUACCAAAGUACAUGCAUCUAUUCGUAAAACAGUUCUAACUAAAUUUGUUAAAAAGUAUAAUUCUAUUCCAACUAAUGAAACUGAAGAAGAAAUUAAAAUUCCAAAAUUAUCUUCUUCUACCUCAAAUAUUCAAGAAUUUUUUGAGAAUGUAAAUUUACCAGAAGGCCGUAAAAAAGAAAUUAAUC